CAGACGGCUAGUAGUUGACUGAUAUAGUGAGAGCAGCACGCUGGAGGAGUGAGUGGAUUACUUCCAUCUCAUCUUCUGGACGUCUUGCGGAGAAAGGAAUCACUUUGAAUGGCUGGAUUUUUGUGGAUAAUAAUGCAUAUAUGUGUUUUCUUUUUUUAACCAUGUCGUACUAACUUCAUAGGAGUCAUGCAUAACUAUUUUGGAGCUUGUUUCUCAGUAGUGUUCUUAAUUGUGACGUUUUGGACUGAGGUAUGCCAGUCGUCGGGUUAUUUUGAGUUACAGUUGAUCAGCGUGGAGAAUAACAGGGGUGAGCUCGCUAAUGGAAACUGCUGUGACGGCGCACGGAGCGCACGAGACGGUCUGUGCGACCGGGACGAAUGUGACACGUACUUGAGAGUGUGUCUAAAGGAAUACCAGGUGGAGGUCACCACAUCAGGGUUUUGUACUUAUGGCACUGGGAGCUCGAGCGUGAUCGGAGGGAAUACAUUUCAGUUAAAAGGAUUCAGUGGAAACCCAAACAGGGCCAAUGACCUCGGGACCGUUAUCAUCCCCUUUCAGUUCGCCUGGCCGCGAGCGUACACUCUGAUCGUGGAGGCUUGGGACUGGGACAAUCAAACAAUCCCAGACAGCAGUGAUGAUCUGUUGAUCGAGAGAAGUGUUAAUCGUGGAGAAAUGAACCCUGGAGAGGAGCGACAGCUCAUUCAGCACAAGGGCCAAACAGCCAGCAUCCAAUACAGCAUGCGAGUGCGCUGCGACCACAAUUACUACGGCAACAAGUGCAACAAACAGUGUCGACCCCGAGACGAUUACUUUGGCCAUUACACGUGCGAUCAGUCUGGCAAUCAGCAAUGCAUGGAGGGCUGGACCGGGCAAGAUUGCAAGAAAGCUCUCUGUAAGCAAGGCUGCAGUGAACUUCACGGAAUCUGUGAAUCUCCGGGAGAAUGUGUGUGUAAGUACGGCUGGCAGGGCCCACUGUGCAAUGAGUGUUUGCCGCACCCGGGCUGUGUGCAUGGCACCUGUGUGAAACCCUGGACCUGCACCUGUGAGAAGAACUGGGGAGGACUUCUGUGUGACAAAGAUCUAAAUUACUGUGGCACACACAAGCCCUGUGUAAAUGGAGGCACGUGUCUGAAUACAGAGCCAGAUGAAUAUUUCUGCUCCUGCCCAGAGGGUUACUCCGGGAAAAACUGUCAAAUCGCCGAGCAUGCGUGCAUGUCAAACCCAUGUGCAAAUGCUGGGACAUGUCAUGAGCUGGCAUCAGGGUUUGAGUGCCAGUGUCCCCCAGGAUGGGAUGGCCCAACAUGUGCUAAAGACGUAGAUGAGUGCAUGCCAAACCCGUGCACUCAUGGGGGGACCUGCUUUGAUCUGGAGAAUGACUUUGAAUGCAUAUGCCCGCCACAGUGGACCGGCAAGACCUGCCAGAUAGAUGUGAAUGAGUGUACAAGGAGACCUUGUCUAAACGCUUAUGCUUGUAAAAAUCUAAUUGGUGGAUAUCAUUGCAACUGCUACCCGGGCUGGGUGGGACCGAACUGUAUUAUCAAUGUCAACAGCUGUUAUGGUCAGUGUCAGAAUGGAGGAACCUGUCAGGAUGGUCGUCAUGGUUACAUGUGCCAGUGCCAGCCGGGCUUCAUGGGAAGACACUGCGAAGUGCAGCAAAGCAGGUGUGCCAGCUCCCCUUGCCAAAAUGGUGGACGCUGCCGCCCGUUGGCCACUGGUUAUGAGUGUGAGUGUCUAUACGGAUACACCGGAACCAACUGCGAGGUGCAAGUGGAUCUAUGCAGUCCAAACCCAUGUCAGAAUAAAGGCCAGUGUCACUCUAUGCAGGGAGAUUUUUACUGCGCCUGCGCCGAUGAAUAUGAGGGGAAGACAUGUAGUCAGCUGCGAGACCACUGCAAAAUCAGCACCUGCCAAGUGAUUGACAGUUGUACUAUUGCUGUGACAACUAAUGGCACAGCAAAAGCAGUUUGGCACAUCCUAUCAAAUGUGUGUGGUCCUCAUGGGCGCUGCAUCAGUCAGGAGGGAGGAAACUUCACUUGUGCCUGCCAACCAGGAUUCACUGGGACAUACUGUCAUGAGAAUAUAAAUGACUGUGCAUCAUCUCCUUGUCAGAAUGGAGGAACAUGCAUUGAUGACAUUAACUCCUUUCGCUGUGUCUGUCUUGAUGGCUUUGAUGGGCAACUCUGUGAGCUGGAGGUGAACGAGUGUAGCAGUGAGCCUUGUUUGAAUGGAGGCAUGUGCAUCGAUCUGCUGAAUGAUUUCUACUGUCGCUGCACUGACAACUGGAAAGGAAAGAUGUGUAACUCACGAGACAGUCAGUGUGAUUCCAGUACAUGCGCUAAUGGAGGAACAUGCUAUGAUCAUGGAGACUCAUUCCGAUGUGCCUGUUCCUCUGGUUGGGGUGGCAGUACCUGUAACACAGCCAUGAACAGCUCCUGUGAAUCUGGUCCAUGUCUAAAUGGCGGGACUUGUAUUGGAGGGGGCAGCGUCUUUACCUGCAUCUGUAAAGAUGGAUGGGAGGGGCCUACCUGUGCUCAAGAUGUCGAUGACUGCAACCCUCAUCCAUGUUAUAAUGGGGGUCAGUGUGUGGACGGGAUCAACUGGUUUCGCUGUGAGUGUGCACCUGGAUUUGCAGGACCUGACUGUCGCAUUAACAUAGAUGAGUGUCAGUCCUCUCCCUGUUCGUAUGGAGCCACAUGUGUGGAUGAGAUUAAUGGAUAUCACUGUCUUUGCCCCAUGGGACGAGCUGGACCACGCUGCCAGGAGUUUAUUGGCGUUGGAAAGGCAUGCGAUCGCUCUGGGUUGCAGGUUCAUCAUGGUGAUCGCUGGGAGGAUGAGUGCAACAGCUGUCAGUGCAUGAACGGAAACAUCAGAUGUACUAAAGUGCAUUGUGGUCGUCAGCCCUGCUUGUUGCAGUCCGACUCUGAUGAGCAACAGCGCCCCGUGUGUCCACUAGGACAGGAGUGUGUAGAGCAUAAUUUCCUGUCUUGCCUUCAUCCACCAUGCCAUCAUCUGGGUGUUUGCUCCACUCGUGAACAUCUACAGCCCUUCAGCACCCUCUGCCUUCCCAACAAUGGCUACCUAGAUAACAACUGUGCUCGUGUCACGCUUGUAUUUGACUCUGACAGUGUCCCGCAGGGCACUACUGCUGAAGGUGUCUGCAGGCAGCUAACAUAUCUGCCAAUCACACGAACCCUGGCCAAGGACCACACCCUUUACAUUCUUUGUGACCAAUCACCUUCCAGCCGAAAUGCAGUGGAGGUUGCUAUGUCAUAUGAGCAAAACACCGUUGUUGAGGGACGAGCUCAGAUACAGGAUGUAGUCCACUCCAUCAUUGAUGUUCUGUCCAAACCUCACAACAGCACAUUGCUGUUGGCUGUGAGAGAGGUCAGAGUUGAAUCUCAGGACCCGCGUCCUCAAGUCGGUUACCUCAUCCCAUUGCUGUGUGUGCUGUUUGUGGUAUUAUGGCUCUCAUGUGUCAUCGUCUGCGUGUGGUGGUUCAGAAGACACAGGAAAGCUAGACAAAGAGAGGACACGCAGAUGGAGGAGAGCAUCAACAACCAGCGCGGGACACUACUGAGCACUCACACACCUUACAAAGACAACACAGACCCGCUGCAGGAGAACAAGAACCUGUUUUACCCUCUGGAUCGGAUUGGAGACGGAGCUGAGCGAGAGGAAGAAGAGGAAGAGGGAGAUGAAGAGAGCGAAAGAGGGCUGGUUCUGCAUAAGUGCUCAUCUCUUGCAUACACUAAAGUGGACACAGUGUACACUAUUCCCACUACAGCCCAAAAUCAGCCAAAGAGGACACACUACAGCAGCAAAGACAACCGCUGCAAGAACAAUGUGAACGAGCGAUUAAGCGAGCACACAAAAGAUCAUUACGUAUGAAAAUAGCAGACGAACUGGAAAAAUAUUUUGGAUAAGUAUUUUUUUGCUGUCUGAUCUGAAAGCUGCCGGGCUUUUCAUUCUUUUUUCAUUGUGUAGUCAAAUGAAACAGAGAUUUGUGUCACGAAAAUGCAGCAAAUGCGAAAUUCAAAGAAUGGUUUUCAAAAUCCUUUUUUUUUUUUUACGCUUGCACUCACUUUCCUUGAAAAGAAGGACAUUUUUACACAAAGCUGAACUUUAAGAUUAUGUUUGUGAACUGUGGCGAGACCUUUGACCCUUGGGGCUGAGGAGGAAUCAACGAUAGGCAGCUUUAAGGUGUUUUUGAUUAUGUCCAGACCUGCCCAAAGUUAAGUGUUAGAAGCCGUUAAAUCUUCCAGAGGUACAGUAUAUAUACACAAGUGCCUCACUCAACCGUCAUGAUAGCGCUUACCUUGUGUUUUUUUUUUUUUUAUAAUGUUGCUCUUAAAUGAAUAGUUCACCCAAAGGAAGAUUCUGUUAUCAUUUAAUACUCACCCUCAUGUCAUUCCAAACCUGUAUGAGUUUUUUUCUUUUGUGUAACACAAAGUUACAUAAAAGUGUAGGAAGUCAGACAAAACUUUGGAGAUUUCAAGCUUCAUAAGGGAUGAAAAGUAUCAUAAGAGUAUCAUAAAAUUGCUAAGUUAUAUCACAAGUCAUCUGGAGCCAUAUGUUAGCUUUGUGUGAUGAACAGACCAAAACUUGCAUAAUUAUUAUUCACUAAUAUCUUACCUGCUGUUGGGCUUUUAACCAUUGUCAUUGAGUUUGAAAACCAGCCCAUUCGGAGUUAAACUGGAUCAACUGAUUAAUUGAAAAAGUGAAUCAUUUGUUCAUGAAUCAGACAAUCUCUAGCGCUCUCAUCAAGGAGAUCAAGGGCAGAUAGGAAGAUAUUAUGUGAAUAAAGACUGAAGAUUGUCCUUCUCACAAAUCUGUUGUAUGACGUCAGAUUUUCAAAACAUAUUUCAUAAUUACAGAGCUCGACAGCCUCAGUCCUCAUUCAUUUUUGUUAAACAGAUAUAUGAACAGAUACAUAUGGGUGAGUAAACAGUUUUGGGUAAACUGUUAAGUAUAAAAAGCUUACUUUUUUAUAUUGAAAUUUACCUUCUUUGGGAAUUUGUACUCAGUCCAGACAGUAAGAGUAUUCUGCUCUUGAUGGUUAUAAAUGAUUGCUUUAGUUUUUUUCACAUGCUAGCCAUAUAAACAGAAUAGUCAUGAUGUAAAGAAUCAAGGGCCACUUCAGUCAACACACUAUUGUGUUGUCCCAAAACACAGGAACAAUGAUUUUAGUUCUUCAAUCACUGAGAGAUAAUUAAUUAAAUUGAAAAAUAUUCGUAUGUACAUAUGUAAAUAGACAUAGCUGUGUAUAUUUGAGUUUAGUAAAUUAUGUGACACCUUUUUUUAUCAUUGUCAUAGAAUUAUUACUUUUUCUUAUUCUCUCCUUCAGUCGCUCUCUUUUUCAACAAUGUCAUUCCUUUUAUUUAUGUUAGUCAGAAAAUGUUUUAUAUAUAAAUAUGGAGAAUGGCCACAGGUUGGUAGUCUAUCUGUGGGGACAUAAUAAGAAAUACUUUAAAUGAUAGAUCUAUUUUCAUGUUAGAAUAGAUUAUCUGUGUUGUUUUUAUGACUUUCCUAAUGAAUGUCGACUAAGGAUUGGACACGUUGACCUUGCUGAAAGAAUGUUUUGCCACUGAUCAAAAGCUGACUUCUUCUGAAGGUCUACAGUACUUCACAGUAGAAAGACUCAAAGACUUCAAAGAACUAUGCUGCAUGUUUGAGUGGCACUUUUCUUUUCCUUUAGAAAAGUCCAACACUUGCAUUUUCAAGCCAGUGUCAGUCCUGAUAUAAUUGUGUUUAUAUUAGCGUCCCAGACUGUCAGGGUGUUAAGUUGGAAGUCUUUGGAAGAUUUUUAUUUUCUUAAUGUUUUCAUUGCACCAUUGCUUGUCAUUAUGCUACAAUUCAAAAUGAACCACAAAUGGACCAGAGUAUUGACCCACGUCAAAGACAGAAAACACUUGAGUUCAAAGUGUAUCUUCUGAGUAUUGUGUUGAAUAUCAGAUUAUAUAUAUUUUUUAAAUGGUACUAUAUUACUAUAAUACCAUUUUCCAAAAGAACAAUAUGAGUAAAGAUUUAUGUUAUGUGAAAUCCUCCCUUGUUUGGGGUGGCUGGGGUAUUUUUCCUGUUCUGUCAUAUUUGAUUGGGGUCAAAUAAAAUGCAAUUACGGUUUUUUUGGAAGGUGAGAAAAAUUUUAUCAGUGCAUGUUGCUGUGGCUGAAUGAAGGGAACAAUUUGUUUUUUCAUUUUCGUGUUUUAUUUAGUGAAAUGUGACAGUAAAUCAGAUUUACAUUCUGAAUCAUGUCUCUCCUCUAAGAAAGUUUCAUUAUUAUAAUAUAAAGGAAUUGAAACACUACCAUAACAUGAAAGAAAGUCCAUAUCAUUACUGGCUUUGAUUUGUUCUGCAUGCACUGAUGGUCGUACUGAAUCUGGCAUUUCAUUUGUUAAAUCUGUCUGAUUUUCCCAACAAGUAUUUAUUAAAGACUUUUGUACCUAUGAGGUUUACAGUUU